GCUUCUAUACCGAUAUCAAAUAUUAUUUUCUUUUUCAGCACGAAGCCAACUACAAUACAAAUGUAGGUAUAUAUCUACCAUUUCUAUAUAGAUACCGUUGGUUUGGUUAACUAUACACAAAAAGUGUCUGUGUAGCUUUAAGCUAUCUAUAACCACCAUACUUUUGUGAAUAACGUUCAAGUCGGUUUAGGUAGCGGACAAACCUGCCUACCCGCAUCCGCACCCUAACCCUCACCCGCCUCUGCUCGACCGCAAACCGAAAGCCACCAUAUUGCAGUUUGGCAUUUGGCUUUGUCCGACACACAACCUUCCCGUUGCCAUAGCCGGUCGCAUCGCUGCCAAGUUUCUCAGAUAUAGACACAUAUUCGAAAGUUUUUUUUUUGUUCCAAGUAAACGUACUUGUACCGACCGACAGAGAGCGCUUCAGUGCGCAUGCAUCAGUCUACAAUUUCCCAGCUCACGGACAAGAAUUGCUUGUCCGACGGCGACGCUCUGUCGACAAAGAUGACGUCACCCCAACAGUUACAGACACUAAACCAGUUCGGGCAGAAUUUUUAUCAGUAUACUCCCAGCACCAACAUGAACAGCAGUACUGAAGUUGAUUACGAGCACAUGGAAAAACAGAACAAAAAGCGAAGCAGACGAGUUCUGUCGCUGAAAGAACGAAUUGAAGUUAUAAAAAUUGCUGAAACUCGACGUGACACAAGGGAACUUGCAUUGAAAUUCGAGUGCGGUCGAACGCAGAUACUGUCGAUUCUGUCGCAAAAAGAGCGACUUUUGAAGGAAUGGGCCAACGAUGGCGACCCGAACAGGCUUCGGAGGAGGCCUUCUGCGAUGUCGUUGACUACCAACAAAGUUAUAUACGAAUGGCUGUAUAGAUGCAAAUGUGCUCAAUUACCGUUAACUGAUAUUGAUAUCUUGGAGAAGGCUUACGAAGCCAAGCAUUUAUUCAAAUACAGCGAAUUUAGACCGAACCGAAGAUGGUUGGAUCGGUUCAAGAAAAGAUUCCGUAUCCAACCGGAUGAACUGAUUUCGCCAGAUCCGACUUUCUUCGAUGGAGUUGAAAGAUCACUCGAGCUGAGAGAUAUUUAUGAGGACAUAAAGGAUACUAUUGAACUCAAUACAAGUGAUGAUCAACCGAUCGAGUUACCUAGUUUGGAUGAUCAGCGGCAAUGUGUUAGCUAUGAGAGUAUGAUGAACUAUGAUCAAACAAUGAGCAGUUCGAAUGAUAUUUGCGAGAUUGAAGAUAGUGAAGAUGAUGAACAAAAUUAUUCACCACAAAACUUUUGUGAGACCGAAUUUUCGUCCAGAGGAAAAGAUUCUAGCAAAAGUAAGGUGGUAGAGGAUGAUGACAAACCGAUAGCUAAUAAUGAGCAGGCUUUGGCUUGCCUGAAGAAAUUGGAAGAAUACUCAAUGUUGAAGGAUGAUUUCAGAGCUAUUGGCUAUAUUGUACAGUUGGAAAAGAUCUAUAAGGGAGAGAUAGAGUCUUAGAUAUAAUAUAGUUGGCUCGAAAAUGGUCAAUGAGUACAAACAAAAUUAUUGUUAAAACUUUUACUUAAAAACCUUUUGUCCACUAGAAUUUAUAAACAGAAUCGUCUUUUACAAAACUUGGAGAAAAUAUUGUUAUAUGAAUUUUUAAAGAAGACCGAUCUAUUUAACUUUUAUUUUUAAUUUUUCAAAUUUUAAUUUAUUUUUUUUAAACCAAAUGCGUGUGUUUCA